AUGAUGGUUCCAAAGUUCAAGGAAAUACACGGUGUGACGCUGGUGGAGGUGACGGUGGGCGGACAGCGGCGUCGCGAACUGAUUCCCCACCGACAUAUUCGCGAUCCGUCAGCCGAUGUCGGCAAACCAGAACUCCAUCCCGAGGACCAUUUCGUGAUGCAGACAUGCAGUGUGCCGAACGGCUUCUGGCCGUCGUCUGAAUCGGCAUGGCUGCUCCGACAAGUUGAGCGACGGUUCGCUGUGCGAUUUUUCAAGGUUCUCAGCCAGGAAAUGCAAUAUGUGCAACGGCGCCACAGGAGGCCUUUACGGAAAGAAGAUCUAGCGAUUGUCUUCGAAGGAGAGAGAAAUAUUCCUUUAUCUGUGUCUCACCGCAAAUCACUCGAAGACACCGACCAGGCAGAUAGUGAGCUAAAGCGGAAGAAACCGUUGUUUGCCAGUGACGGUCUGUUGGCAUUGCCUUUGGAAGUACUGAACGAGGUCUUCCGCUCACUGGACACCGUCGAUCGACAGCGCUGCCGUCGCACCUGUCCACUGUGGGACGCCAUUCUGAUGUCACCUGAUCUGUGCAAAGAGGUUCGUGUAAUGCUGGCAGGACAUGGUGGGUCAGACCCUGUAAAGUGGGAUUUGCAUUACGCUGCGUAUGUUUGCAUCUUCAACCACAUCACGCCCGCCACCCGCACCAUCUGCAUCCGCGAUAGCGAAACGCCUUGCCCUAACCGAUGGAGUCUCCGUGAUGGCGACGAAGCGACGGACUUUAUUAUGAAGAUUUUGGAGGACGCUGGCAGCCGCAUCGACAGUUUAAUUGUGUACCGACGAGCCAUGACACUGUAUUAUGAGUCAAUUAUACCCUUUCUCUAUUAA